AUGGGCGGCGACAAGAUUGGGAGUGAUCUUGUGAUCGUACCCGAGUGUUCCCCAAGUAGUUACUGUCAACCUAUUGCUACAGAGGUCUCCAAUUUGGACCGAUCCUCACCUCAAACUAUGAGUCAAUCUAAUGACAACUCGCAGUCCCAGCUUGAUCUUCAGGCUUCCAACAGCCAUUCUCGACAGAUCCUAUCUGUAUCACCAGCAAUCAAUGAUCAACAGCCACCUCUCAGUAACGAUACGAAGGGAGACAACCAGGAUUUAUCAGCAACAAUAAUAGAAGGUCCGGCUCAGCAAACCGAGUAUGAGAUACAAUUAAAACUCCUCGAACAGCAAAACAAAAAACGACUAUUGAUGGCAAGGAAUGAGCAAGAUACCCAUGCAGCUACCCUCGAGCGUCAACCAUGUUUACCCCUGUUCCAGAGGGAGUUACUUCUCCUGGAAACCCAAUGCAAAAGGCGCAUCAAUCUUCAUAGACAGGAACAGUACCGGAAGUCUUGCUCUCAAAAGAGAACCAUAGCAGAGGCUGAACAAAAUGCACAUAUAGGCAACUGCGGAACGGGCCUUCAUAGGCAAGCUAGCAAUGCAGAGUUUGCCAAUGUCGACGCUAAGUUGGAAGAUGAAAAGAACGCUUCUACGCCAUCAAGCUAUAUUGAUCAACCGUGUUCAGCUCAUGGACUUGUGCAGUCUCCUACGCAUGACACUCUUAGAGAUUCCCGCCCGUCCAGCGCCUAUGUUCUUGCUGACUACCAGUUGCAGCUGGCGAUGCCCGAGCACCACAAAAGAUUGCAGCCCAGAUCAAUCAGCAACGAGGCACUCGAAGAAUAUCGAGCCAAAAUUAGCAUGGUUGAUGAGGAAAGAAAGAUAUCUGCCCUUCACAGCAUCGGGCCGAUGGGAAACCACGCUUUACAGGACUAUCAGAUGCAAUUAGAAUUGCUUGAAAAGCAAAAUGAGAAGCGCAAAGUUGAAACAACGGCCGCGUCCGACUUUGGAGUUUCAUCAAGGUGGAAUGAGGAUAACCUCAGUAUGGAUACACAAGUCAAUCACCCGCCACCAAAUUCGCAAACUCCAUCACUACAAGAUUAUAGCAUACAAUUGAUGCUUCUUGAGCAGUAA